CGCUCUAUCCACUGAGCCAAACUGGUAAGGGCUCACGGUGAUCAUUAUUUAAUUCUCAUUCCAGAAUCACCGCUUAUCCUGGUUUUCAGAUAACGUACCUGGUUCUCAUGUUUUCACUACCCACCUUCUGGGCAUCCAGCUUAACCCAUCAUGCAGACCACAGCCUGUAAUGGAUCAGAGGCUUCCUCGACCAUCUUCUACCUAAUAGGCAUCCCCUCUCUGCCGAAAUCACUCUUCCUUUCUAUCUUCUUUGUCUUUCUCCUCUUCUAUCUGCUCAUUGUUGCAGGUAAAACCCUGAUCCUGGUGGCUGUGGUGGCAGAGCCCAGCCUCCACAAGCCCAUGUACUUUUUCCUGAUCAAUCUCUCUGCCUUGGACAUCCUUUUCACCACAACCACCGUCCCCAAGAUGCUGUCCCUGUUUCUGCUCGGGGACAACUUCCUCAGCUUCCCUGCCUGCUUCCUGCAGAUGUACCUCUUCCACAGCUUCUCCUGCUCUGAAGCCUUCAUCCUGGUGGUCAUGGCCUAUGACCGCUAUGUGGCUAUCUGCCGCCCACUGCACUACCCUGUCCUCAUGACCCCAUAGACUAAUGAGGCACUAGCAGCCAGUGCCUGGCUCACGGCCCUCCUUCUGCCCAUCCCAGCAGUGGUGCAGACAUCCCACAUGGCUUUUAGUUCUGUGGCCCAGGUCUACCACUGCUUCUGUGACCACUUGGCUGUGGUCCAGGCUUCCUGCUCUGACACCAUGGGCCAGACCCUCAUGGGCUUCUGCAUCGCCAUGGGGGUGUCCUUCCUGCCCCUUCUGCUGGUGUUUCUCUCCUAUGCCCAUAUUCUGGCCUCCAUUCUUCGCAUCAGCUCCUGAGGAGGACGUUCAAAAGCCUUCUCUACCUGCAGCUCCCACCUCCUGGUGGUUGGCACAUACUACUCCUCUAUUGCCAUAGCCUAUGUGGCCUAUAGAGCUAACCUGCCCCUGGACUUCCACAUUAUGGGCAAUGUGGUGUUUGCUAUUCUCACACCUGUCCUCAACCCUCUCAUCUACACACUGAGGAAUAAGGAUGUCAAAGCAGCCAUCACCAAAAUGGCAUGUCCCAAGGGCCUAAAGAAUGCUGGGAAACCCUGAUUCGUAGGUAUAACUUGACCUAUUCACAAACACCAAUAACAAUAGAGGGAAAAGUUGACAAUUGAAGCAACCAGAUAGUUAGAACAAUAAUUCUCAAAAUAUGGUCUUAAGUAUUUCUCUGCUGUAAUAAAAUAAUAAUUUUCUUUCCUUAAUUCACAGACAAAAUGGAUGGGAGUUUUCUGUUUAAUUUUCAAGCUGUGAAUCCCAACUUCACAAGAUUGUGAAUACAAUUGUGGUCACAUUUCCAUUCACUCAAAGUAUUUUGAUUCUCAGAGACUCCAAGUAUUUGACCAGCAAUAAAUUCAGUCUUUUUCCUUGUAUCUUUUCUUCUGGUAUUUCUAAACAUCCCCAGGAUUGUUGACAUCUAGACACGAAUCCGUCUUGCCCUUAUUGUUAGAACAGCACCUUAGAAACCCCCUUCAGGGAUUAAAGUCUGAGUGCUACCAUUUCAAUCCCUGUUGCCUAAAAAUUCACGGCCACUACCAAUAUUUCAACACCAGUCACACAAGAUAUUUACCUCUAGACCCUCACGGGGUCAUUCAAAAGCAGGCCCUUCCUCUAGCUUAUGCUUAGGCAAGUGGUGCCCCUUGCCAAA